AUGGAUGCUCUGGCCUCUAGCACUACUCCCCUGCAGCAGCCCAUCCACCAAGCCAGGCCCUCCAGCAGACCGGGUCCUGCAGCGGCCCAUCCAUCGGGCUGGGCCCUGCAGCAGGCCAGGCCCUGCAGCAGCCCAUCCACUAAGCCAGGCCCUGCAGCAGCCCAUCCACCAAGCCAGGCCCUGCAGCAGCCCAUCCACCAAGCCAGGCCCUGCAGCAGCCCAUCCACCAAGCCAGGCCCUGCAGCAGACAGGCCCUGCAGCAGCCCAUCCACCAAGCCAGGCCCUGCAGCAGCCCAUCCACUAAGCCAGGCCCCACAGCAGCCCAUCCACCAAGCCAGGCCCUGCAGCAGCCCAUCCACCAAGCCAGGCCCUGCAGCAGCCCAUCCACCAAAGCCAGGCCCUGCAGCAGCCCAUCCACCAAGCCAGGCCCUGCAGCAGACCAGGCCCUGCAGCAGCCCAUCCACCAAGCCAGGCCCUGCAGCAGCCCAUCCACCAAGCCAGGCCCUGCAGCAGCCCAUUCACCAAAGCCAGGCCCUGCAGCAGCCCAUCCACCAAGCCAGGCCCUGCAGCAGACCAGGCCCUGCAGCAGCCCAUCCACCAAAGCCAGGCCCUGCAGCAGCCCAUCCACCAAGCCAGGCCCUGCAGCAGCCCAUCCACCAAGCCAGGCCCUGCAGCAGCCCAUCCACCAAGCCAGGCCCUGCAGCAGACAGGCCCUGCAGCAGCCCAUCCACCAAGCCAGGCCCUGCAGCAGCCCAUCCACCAAGCCAGGCCCUGCAGCAGCCCAUCCACCAAGCCAGGCCCUGCAGCAGCCCAUCCACCAAGCCAGGCCCUGCAGCAGCCCAUCCACCAAAGCCAGGCCCUGCAGCAGCCCAUCCACCAAGCCAGGCCCUGCAGCAGACCAGGCCCUGCAGCAGCCCAUCCACCAAGCCAGGCCCUGCAGCAGCCCAUCCACCAAGCCAGGCCCUGCAGCAGACAGGCCCUGCAGCAGCCCAUCCACCAAAGCCAGGCCCUGCAGCAGCCCAUCCACCAAGCCAGGCCCUGCAGCAGCCCAUCCACCAAAGCCAGGCCCUGCAGCAGCCCAUCCACCAAGCCAGGCCCUACAGCCCAUCCACCAAAGCCAGGCCCUGCAGCAAUCCAUCCACCAAGCCAGGCCCUGCAGCAGCCCAUCCACCAAGCCAGGCCCUGCAGCCCAUCCACCAAAGCCAAGCCCUGCAGCAACCCAUCCACCAAGCCAGGCCCUGCAGCAGACCAGGCCCUGCAGCAGCCCAUCCACCAAGCCAGGCCCUGCAGCAGACCAGGCCCUGCAGCAGCCCAUCCACCAAGCCAGGCCCUGCAGCAGCCCAUCCACCAAGCCAGGCCCUGCAGCAGACCAGGCCCUGCAGCAGCCCAUCCACCAAAGCCAGGCCCUGCAGCAGCCCAUCCACCAAGCCAGGCCCUGCAGCAGCCCAUCCACCAAAGCCAGGCCCUGCAGCAGCCCAUCCACCAAAGCCAGGCCCUGCAGCAGCCCAUCCACCAAGCCAGGCCCUGCAGCAGACCAGGCCCUGCAGCAGCCCAUCCACCAAGCCAGGUCCUGCAGCCCAUCCACCAAAGCCAGGCCCUGCAGCAAUCCAUCCACCAAGCCAGGCCCUGCAGCAAUCCAUCCACCAAGCCAGGCCCUGCAGCAGCCCAUCCACCAAGCCAGGCCCUGUAACAGACCAGUACAGGAGCAGCCAGCAGCAGCCAGGCCUCAAGCUUCCAGGAGCAGCCUCCACCAUAGCUCCAGUAGCUGCUGGCUACCACCAGCCAACAGCUGCGUUGCCUCCUCCACCACCAGUGUUAGCCGGGGAGCUAACACAAGGCCCAGGCAUCUGGAGCAACCCAGCUAACCAGACCAGCUAA